AGGGCGACCGCGGGCCGUCGUCAUCUGCGUUGCCAAUGUAAGGGGUUUGCGAGGUCCGAGGGGUUGCGUUUUUUUGGGGCUACAGCUGGCAGGCUGUGCUCGCCGGGGGCUCGCUCGGCCCUAGGAGGGCUUGGUUUUCAAGCUGCUUUUUCUGGGAUAUUUUUUUCCUCCGCCCCAACCCAAAAAGGAGUCAUCAGACCCAAAUUCGGCCCUGAGGGAUAUCUGAAAUCACCAGGAAAGCCCAAGUUUUCCCGUUAUUUGCUUUGAUGAGAGAAACAUCUCAAUUCGGUUUUUCUUCGUGUCGGGUCGUCGCCACCGCGGUUAGGCCUAGCGGCGUCGUCGUCGUCUCUGUCGGCGACCGUCCGCUCGCUCCCGUACCAUCGCCGCCGCCUCUAACAACGCCGGACCAUGAAACAGGAGGUCUUCCUGGAGUGUGCCAUGGCCGUGGGCGACUCCAACGACGAAGCCCUGGGUCGUGGAGUCCUCCACCACCACCGAAGGGCCGCCGCCGACGACUCCGUACCCUCCGACGUACUCCUAGACACGCCACAAGACACUCCGAUCGGCACGCCCUGUUCCGGCUUCUUGGCCAUGGAAGACCUUCCGAGCAUCCUGUCUGAGUCGGUGGAAGAGGGGCUGUGUGGUGAGGAGGAGCGGCACCUCCAGCAACAACAAGAGCAGCAGCAGCAGCAACAACAGCGGCGCCGUCGCAAGAAGAAGAAGCGCAACGGCUCGAGUCUGGCGGCGAGCAACUUCUCCGACCUGUACUGCCUGACCGGAGAGGUACUGGGCGAGGGCGCCUACGCCUCCGUCCAAACGUGCAUCUGCCUCUACACGGGCAAGGAACACGCCGUCAAGAUCGUAGAGAAAGGGCCAGGACAUAGCAGGGCUCGUGUAUUCAGGGAAGUGGAGACAUUCCAUCACUGUUCAGGCCACAAGAACAUCAUCCAGCUGAUUGAAUUCCUCGAAGAUGAAAACAGGUUCUACCUGGUGUUUGAGUUGAUGAGGGGAGGGCCCCUGCUGCGCCACAUCGAGCAGCGGGUGCAGUUCACGGAGCACGAAGCGAGCCGGGUGGUGAGGGACGUGGCUGAGGCCCUGCGCUUCCUCCACGCCAAGGGCAUCGCGCACCGGGACCUCAAGCCAGAGAACAUCCUGUGUCCCAGCAACGAUCAGGUCUGGCCCGUGAAGCUAUGCGACCUGGACCUGGGCUCUGGGGUGGUCCUGUUGCCGGGCAACGAGGCAACCCCGCCCACGACCCCAGAGCUGCAGACUCCCGUCGGCUCGGCCGAGUUCAUGGCCCCCGAGGUGGUGGAGGCGUUUGUGGGGGAGGCGCACACGUACGACAAGCGCUGCGACCUCUGGAGCCUUGGGGUGAUUGUGUACAUCCUGCUGUGCGGCUACCCGCCCUUCUACGGCCGCUGCGGCUCCUCGUGCGGUUGGGAGCGUGGUGAAUUCUGCCAAGCCUGCCAGGACCAGCUGUUCACCUCGAUCCAGGAGGGCUGCUACGAUUUCCCCGAGCGCGACUGGGGCGCCAUCUCGUGGCAGGCCAAGGACCUGAUCGGCCACCUGCUGGUCAAGGACGCCGGCAAGCGCUACACGGCCGAGGAGGUGCUCCGGCACCCCUGGGUGGCGCACGGCGGGCCCACCACCGCCCUGCACACGCCGUCCGUCAUACGCCGGAACAACAGUGCGCGUGACCUGGCGGCAUUUGCGGAGAGCGCCAAUGCGGUGAAGCGGCUGGUGCAGCACCAGCUGGCUUGGAGCACAGAGCUGCGCCGGGUGCCCUCCCACGACCCCGACACCCCGGACCCGUCGCCCCCUACCGGUUUUGGCCUCUCGCCCCCCGGGGAGUCUCGCCUGGCCCAGCGCAGGCGCAUGGGCCGCUCUCUCAGCCUCCGUGGCUCGGCCGAAUCCGUCACCUUCUCCGGCUGAUGCGCCUUCCCCGCGCCAAUUCUCCCUCCUCCCCCCCUUCCCCCGACCCGGUUGGUUUAGCGAGCGGCGACAGAGCGGCGUCUCGGAGUCUAAUCCGGCCAGUUUGGGAUGGUGCUACGCCUGUGUGGUCGUACUUCUGGUGCCGCACUUUACGAAGCAGUAGGGCCGCCGAAUUGAGAGUGCUAGAGUCCGGCUGUCGUGCGGCGCAGAGCCGUGCCGCCGUUUCGUAUAAUCUCGGCGCAGCCCGCAUUUACCUCUCUGCGCCGCCGGAGACUAACUCUGCACCUGUGGUUCAGCGGCGCCGACAGCUUUGUUUCCGCGCUAUCCGGAAGGCUACUCUGGGAUCGGUGGUUUAGCGUAAAGCUCCCUAGUGGGCUACGGUGUAGGUCGUUCAGAGAUCUGGUGGUUGUCCUAGUCUCUUCGCUCUUAGUGUUUAUUGUAGCGUGUAAGGUUAGGUCUGGGCUUGGAGAGUAAAGCGUGUGCACAUUGCUGCCUUGGGAGGUGCUUCUGCCACGCAUGUCUGUGCUGGGGAAUCGUAUUUGGGAGCUUGAAGGUUGUGCUAGUAGGCUUUCUGGUCUAUCGGGGCGAGGCACGGUUGAACUGCCUCGGGAAACGGGUUUUGAUGAAAUAAAACGAUUGUGGCAGAAGGAAAAGAGAUGGAAACUAACACGAAGAUCUGUAGGUAGUAUUGGAUGGGAGUAGACUCUGAAACGCUGCUCUGUUGAAAAGGCUUGUAAGCUCCUCCCCCGACCCGCCUCCCAAUUUCUUUUUACGUCUCGCCUCUUCGACGCGAAUAAGGAUUUCGCCGAAUUAAUGGUCUUUUUUUUUUUUUUUUGUCUGUCCCUUUCUUUUUUUCACUCAAUUCUUUUUCAGUUUUUUUUUUAAAGGAAAAGCCUUACCUACUUUCAUCUUGAUGUUUCUCUCCCUAUCCCCUCUAAAGACAGACCAAAAAAAAAAACACAAAAAAACACGAAAGUUACAAAAAAAGAAAGAGGUAGGCUCCCAGGUCUCUUAAUCGAACUUCAUCACGAGCACGCACGCGCGCAUUUCAUCACACGCCAUUUCUCGUUCCAUCUUCAAAACACUUCCUUUUUUUUUUUUUUUCGUUAACUGGGACGUGCGUUCCCAGGAGACGCGAGUGCGGAGAGGGGAAGCUUGCGGAUAACAUUUCUCACAUUCUCGGCUUUUUCUCUCCCCCGCCCCCUUUCCUCGAAGUUUUUAGAAGAAAGGGGGAAAUUCGCGCGUCAAUCUUUUGUAAUAUACGUUUCCCGCGUCCUCCUCGUCCCACCCAUCGAACAGUCUCGGACUAGAAAAGGUGCCUUCUUUCUUCCCCCACACCACCACCACUUCUUUUCUCGCAUUACUCCCCUUUUUCUUUUGUGUCCUUAAGACACCAAUCUGGGAGCCGUUUCUCCGCCCCGCCUCUUAUGCCUCGAGUCUUUCUCUCCUUAUUGCGGUUAUUUUAUUUUCCGCUAACAUUCUUCCUGCCAUCUGCCGCCUCUUCCCCAUGAGAUGCCUUCGGGAGAAGAAAAACGUUUCUCAACACGUCAUUUCUCACUACCGGAAAUUGUCGUCCACGUAUCUGUGAUAAGCUUAACCUAUGUAUUUUUUUUUCCAUCUUUCUUUUCGCCGUGAAAGCCGCUGUAGUGCCAAAAUUUGAAGAAAAAAAAGAAUGGUUUGGUUGUUUUGCGGACAAAGAAAUGAAAGGAAAGAAAAAAAAUCGUCUGGCCGAUUACCUUUUCCCUUGCCUCGUUGCGGUUUUUCGGUGCGCGCGACAUCUUCCGGAGAUCGCCAAUGAAAGUAAUAACGCCGACAAUAACGUAAUGAACCGGUGCUUUUGGAUAGCACGCGAGUUUUACGAGCAAACGUUGCUGCACACACUUUCAAUCUCCAGUCGUUUGCCCCCACCCGCCCACCCCUCCUACUGGUCGCCACUUGUCAUAUUGACAGGGGGAAGAUCCCUUGCAUUUUAUUUUCACGUCUGAAGAAAGUUUGUGCUUCCCGGAUCAAACAGUUGCUGCGAAAAGAAAUGGAAAAAAAAAACAAAAAAAACUUGUCCAGUGGGUUGAAAAAAAAAGUACAAAGUCUAUCGUUUGUUUUUGGUUGAUAUAAAAGUGCUGAAGAACCGUGAGAAUAAAAACUUUUGACCAAUGCA